AUGAGGGGUUACCAUUGUAUCUGCCUAGCAGGCUGGGAAGGGCCAUUUUGUGAAUCAGAAUCUGAUGAGUGUGAUUCUAUGCCUUGUGAGAACAAUGGGACUUGCAUUGAUAUCUUCAAUGGCUUCCGUUGUGUAUGUGCAGAAGGCUGGACUGGACAACACUGCACUGAAGAUAUAAAUGAAUGUGAUUCAGAACCCUGCUUGAAUGGAGCCACCUGCUAUGAGUCCACUGUCCAUGGGCAAUUUCUUUGUGUUUGUCCUCCAUUUUAUAUUGGAAAAAGUUGUCAGUAUCGCUACAACCCAUGUGAUGAUCCCUACAAUCCAUGUAUAAACAAUUCUACCUGUCUGGCACAAGUUGAUGGAAAGCCAUUAUGUAUUUGUCAAAAAGGAUUUGGAGGUACUUACUGUGAAAUUGAUAAUGAUGAAUGCUCCUCCGCCCCCUGCAAGAAUCAAGGCCGUUGUGUGGAUGGGGUUAACAGUUACAGGUGUGUCUGCAGAGAGGGCUUUUCUGGAACAUUGUGUGAAGUGGAGAUUAAUGAAUGUGCAUCAAAUCCCUGUGCAAACAGCGGAACCUGCAUAGAUCUUAUAAACAGGUUCCUUUGCAACUGCUCACCUGGAUACUAUGGUUCUCUUUGUGAGCUGGAUGUAAAUGAGUGUGAAACUGUUCCUUGCUUGCAUGGUGGAAGCUGCUUCAAUCACCCUGGGGGCUACCAGUGUGUCUGCGCUCCUGGCUUUACAGCUUCUUUAAUUCCCACUGCUGAAAAAUUUGCAGAGAUAAAGAUCCUUAAAGUUGAACAGAAGCUGUAG